GUUGAGGUCUAUAGAAUAAAACAAAUUUACAUUCAACUAGUUGCAGAUAACGAGUCGUUGGAGACAACCAUAAAUAGCGAAAAUGUGCGGAAUUUUUGCAAUAUUUGGCAAUGAAUGCAACGAUCCACAAUGCCAAAAUGGCAACAUAAUGAACGGACAUGGAGAUGCAUUAAGUAGCAUAGCGAGAGGAAAGGCAAAGGAGCCAUUAAGAGAAAUGGCUUACAGGUGCUCGAGUAAGCAACGACAUCGUGGUCCGGACAAAACAGGUGUUGUGCAUUUUAAAGACGAAAACAUCAUAAUGGUUCACGAGAGAUUAAGAAUUAUUGGUGUUGCACAUGGUGAUCAACCGCUGCAGUCAGACGAUGAGAACAUAACAAUUGUUGCAAAUGGCGAAAUCUACAACUUUUUACAAAUCUCCGAUGAGUUAUCAAUGUUUUACAACAAACCAUAUGAGGCGAGAAGUGAUUGUGACGUCAUUAUCGGUUUAUAUGAGAAAUAUGGUGAUGAUUUGGUGCACCAUAUGACUGGAAUGUAUGCAUUUGCAUUAUAUGAUCGUAAAAAUAAGAAAAUUGUUGCAGCACGCUGUCCCUUUGGUAUAUUAUCCAUGUAUAUUGGUGAGGAUAUGAACGGAAAUAUUUGGAUUGCAAGUGAGAUGAAGUGCUUGGUUGAGAUAUGUCCGUACGUUCAAAACUUUCCCAUUGGAAGUGUAUUUAGUCAUCAACUCGGCACACCCAACAAGUGGAGAUUCACUAAAUAUUUCAAAGAAGAUUGGAUGACAAAGGUGCCAAGCUUGCAAGUCAACCUCAAAGAAUUCCGUAACAAGCUCGAAUCAGCUGUUCGCUCACAUCUUCAAUGUGAAGUUCCGUUCGGUGCAUUGCUGUCUGGCGGCAUCGAUUCCUCCCUUAUUUCAUCAAUUGCAACGAAAAUAAUGCGAGAAAAAGAUCCAAACUAUAAAUUGCAGACAUUUAGUGUCGGUUUAGCUGGUGCACCAGAUUUCAAAUACAGUCAAAUGGUCGCCAACUAUAUUGAUAGUGAGCAUCAUGAAAUUCAUUUUACAGUUGAGGAAGGACUCGAUUGUAUACGCGAUAUCAUAUAUCAUUUAGAGACAUACGACGUUACGACAAUACGUGCAUCCAUUCCUAUGUUCAUUAUGAUGCGAUACAUUAAGAGUCAUGGACUAAAAAUGGUGUUGUCUGGCGAGGGUGCUGAUGAAAUUCUCGGAGGCUAUUUAUACUUUCAUAGUGCACCAAAUGCAGAGGAAUUUCAUUAUGAGACGGUAUCGCGUGUGCUAAAUUUAUGGUCGAGUGAUUGUCUACGUGCUAAUAAAUCAGCAUUGGCAUGGGGCGUUGAAUUACGUGUGCCAUUUUUGGAUACUAACUUUGUCAACUAUGCGAUGAGCGUGAGUCCAAACGAUCGAAUGAUAAGCGAUGGCACAAAGAAUAUUGAAAAGUACAUUUUACGUCGUGCAUUUGAAGGCAAUUAUCUACCCGAUGAGGUUUUGUGGAGACAAAAAGAGCAAUUUUCCGAUGGUGUCGGUUACAAUUGGAUCGAUACAAUUCGUUCACAUGCAGGAAGUCACAUAACAGAUGAGGAAUUUGAGACAGCAAAAGAGCUAUAUCCAUAUAAUACACCAUUGAGUAAAGAGGGCUUCUAUUUUCGUCAAGUAUUUGAAAGAAUUUUUCCAAAUCAAUCAUGUGUCAAAACCGUAAAACAAUGGAUACCACGAAAAGAUUGGGGAUGUCCAUCUGAUCCAUCCGGACGCGCACAAAAGGUUCAUGUUGCGAGUAAAAAGAUUAUUGAAAAGUAAG